GUGAGGAACACUCCCUGGUCGAGCCGCAUUGAGUUCUACAAGAAAGUUCUUAUUUAGAGAUUGUGCGCGCGUUGCUGAAGAACACAGACUUGGUUGCAGUGAAUUUGUUCUCUUUUUAAUUUUCUUGAAUUAGUUAAUUGUUAUGCAACUAAGGAAAUGCAACGAGGAAGAUUUCUUGUCUGACACGCUAUGAAGCCGUCCAGAUUGUUAGCUGGCUAGCACUCUUGGUAACGUUACCACUGUCCUACUGAGUAUCCAUUGCACAGGUUGUUUGGUUAUGUCAUACCAAAGUCAUACCAUUUUCCCCCAGAGAAUGCCAUUCGGGGACCGUGGCUCUACAGAAACUGUUUUGGCUCACAUGAUUAUUUAAGAGCCUGUUACUGCUGUGGUGUGCCCAUGUGGUUGGUGGUGCCCAGUCCUCAUUGUGCAGCUGCACCCUGGCUCCUCUGAGCGUCAGGCAUGGGGAAGCUGCAGAGUAAGCUCCGCAAACGCUCUGACCGCUACAGAGCGGGCAGGGAUGCGGGCGAGGGCCCGCCAGUGUCGCAGGUGGUGCAGUAUGAGCCGGCACACUCGGAUGCCGUCAACUGUGUCAUCAGCCUUGCCCCUGAGCUCUGUGUGUCCGGAGGAAGCGAUCAGGCAGUUGUUGUGUAUGACUGGAAAGGAGGAUCAAGAUGCCAGUCCUUUUAUGGUCACACCAGAGAGGUCACCAAGGUGAGCUGCCUACCUGGCAGUACGUGGCUCUUCAGUGCCUCCAGGGACAAAAGUGCUCUCAUGUGGCAGAUGGGCCGUGAUGCAGAGCCCAUUCAGGAGUUCUAUGGGCAUGAACUGGUGGUCAACGGACUAGCUGUCAGUCCAGAUGGAACAAAGCUGUGUACUGGGUCACGUGACAACUCCAUGUGCCUUUGGGACAUUGAGUCUGGAGAGUGUCUCCAGAAGAACACAAUCUCUCGCAACCUGGUCACUCAUGUGUGCUGGGUUCCUGGUGGUACCACAAUUGUACAGACGUCUGAAGACAAGACAGUGAGGGUGUGGGACAGUCGUACAUGGCAGAUCACCAACGCAUUUCCAUCCAAGCGCUACAUCCAGACUCACUGUGACAUCGCCCCAGACUGCUACCAUGUGCUCUCAAGCAGCAAUGGCUUUGGGGGACAGGGCUGUGAGGCCACGCUGUGGGACCUGAGGCAGCCCGGCUGUAAGGUGGUGGAGUACCGUGGUCACCUGCAGACCACGGCCUGCUGCGUGUUCCUGCCCCCCAGCCCCGACCUCGGCUCCAUGGUGGCCUCGUCCUCCCAUGACUGCUCUGUCAAACUCUGGGACCAAAACACUGGAGCUUGUCUCUACACCCUGACCAUGGACGGCGCAGGCCCCCUGGUCUCUCUGGCGCCAUCGGAGAUGGGCAGCCUGCUCUGCGCCAGCUUCAACGGCGGCCUGCACCACCUCCAGCUGAGCCAGUUGCCCACCCUCAACCUGAAGGAGGUGGCCAGGUUCUGAUCCCGCUGGCCCGUGCCCUGGGAGUGCUUUGUGGGCCUACGGGCCCAGGGUGCUCAUAGGAGGUGAACUCUGUUCAGUCUGUGACCUUGACCUUGACCUUAGUGUGUAGUUGACCCCCCCCCCGGCGACGCUGCAUCUCAUGCUCAGAGACUCAGGGAAUACAAACUGUGAGGAGAGCAGUGGAAGAGAACUGUUCAUAAACUGCUGUGAUUUCUCUGGGACAAUGAGGAGAUGAGCCUGAAUCACAUGAAUAGUAGAGGGAGCUUUUUAGCAAGAUGGCUGCCGCUGAGCAGGCUAAAGCUACAAAGCUUCAGUUGAAGCUUCAGUUGAAGUCCAGUAUGGCUCAACAAGGAACCAGGCCACACAGGAGAGAAUCUGAUGUCAUUUUUAAAGAAUGUAAUAUUGUUAAUGAGCAACAAAGCCAUCAGUCAGACUUCAUUACCAAUUUGUAUAUUGAGACUGGCUUUGUCUCCUUGUGUUAUGUUAAGGGCACAGAUGCAAUGUUGUUCUCUGGAAAACACCAAACCAAAGAUGUUGGUUGUCUUUCGAAUGUACCCACUGUAAGCAAUAUUGUCUGCUGGUUUUGAUAUUUCACUAAACCAAAUUGACCACAGGGUUCACACGAUCAUGGAAAUCCUGGAAAAGUCAUGGAAUUGUAAAAUUCCAUUUUCUAGGUCUGGAAUAAAAUUCUGUAAAUUCAUUGUAAUUAAAAUGUAUUCUCUUGGUACAUACAUGUAAUGAAAUUAUAAUUACUAUUGUACUAAUGGAUAUUUCCUUGUACAAUUUCCACUUGAAUUUGGCCUAACUACCCUAUUCGAAAAUGAAUGGAAACACUCAGUUAACUUGAUUUUCAUUGAAAAAUAGGGCCCAUCUGGAGUAAGUACACAAUUUGUGUAUGUGUAGGCUGCAAAAGGUCAUGAAAGUGUCCUUGAAAACUCAUGGAAAUAAAAUGUCAAUGAAAAUGGGUGGGAACCCUGUGACCAGUAGUCACUUGUCCCUGGUCAGUCUUGAGUUACUGGUGCACGCAGCCCUGGAUAAUUCGUGUUUAUUUUAGUUUGCCAAGCGGUGUUCGCCCCGUACCACUCAGUUUUUCCGCUCAGUGACCGAAAUCAAAACUGUGACUAAAAAAAUGUGAAUAGAGCAGUUCUCUGGCCUGUUUGCGUUGUAUGUCCUCACUCACUCUGUCUCUUUGGUGUAUUUAUGUGUGUGUAUGCGUGUGUGUAUAUGUAUACACUGUCUGGUAAAUUAUUUUGCAAACCCUG